AUGGACCAAUCAGAACAAACUCAACAGCAACAGUCACAGCAACAGCAACCUGUAAUGGGAGUGGUAGCUGGUGCAGGUCAGAUGGCCUAUGCUUCAACUUCCUGCCAAACUGCUCCAAUGGUGACUUCUGGGACUCCUUCCAUAGCCAUCCCCUCCCCAACUCAGCCUCCAACCACCUUCUCUAAUUCACCACACCAGCUUACAUACCAACAGACCCAACAUUUCCACCACCAACAGCAGCAGCAGCAACAGCAGCAGCUUCAGAUGUUCUGGACCAAUCAAAUGCAAGAAAUUGAACAAACAACUGACUUCAAGAACCAUAGCCUUCCACUUGCUCGGAUUAAGAAGAUAAUGAAAGCUGAUGAAGAUGUUCGGAUGAUUUCAGCUGAGGCUCCUGUUAUUUUUGCUAAAGCAUGUGAAAUGUUCAUCUUGGAGCUCACUCUGCGCUCUUGGAUCCACACAGAAGAGAACAAAAGGAGGACGCUUCAAAAGAAUGAUAUUGCAGCUGCAAUUUCCAGGACUGAUGUUUUUGAUUUCUUGGUUGAUAUUAUUCCAAGAGACGAGUUGAAAGAGGAGGGUCUUGGGGUCACUAAGGCAACUAUUCCUGUUGUUGGUUCUCCGGCUGAUCUUCCAUACUAUUAUGUUCCUCCUCAGCAUCCAGUGGGACCUCCAGGGAUGAUCAUGGGAAAGCCAGUUGAUCAAGCAGUUGCCUAUGGAGCCCAGCAGCCACGACCUUCCAUGGCAUUCAUGCCAUGGCCGCAGACUCAACCACAACAACCUCAACCGCAGCAAAGUGAUACCUGA